CCGGAAAUGGGUUGGUUGAAUAAAAGGCAUUCCAAAUAGUAGUUAAGUAUAUGCUUUGCUUUUGGUGACUCAAGUCAAGUGCCGUAGGAGACUUGAGUACAGCAGUGCUUUGACACACAAGUAAGAGUUGGUUUUGGUUUUGGUUUUGGUUUUAAGUCAUAGUGCAUAAUUUUACAUUUGUUGACCAAUUCUUCCUUUUCCUGCGGCCGAUACAAAGUUCCCAAGGGUCUCAAAAUCUUAGGCUGGAGCCCGGUAUCUACAUUCUGUAAUCGUGUUGUACUUGGUUCAGGACUGCAGUUGCCUCCUUCCAUUGAUGUUAGUAUCGGAAAAUUACUCAUUUGGUUUAAUCUCCUUUGUAUUCAUGCCAACAGGUAGAUUCAGCUCACUUAUCCAUAUUCUAGUUCAAGCAAAUUAAUAUUGAUUACAGCUCCACGUGAAGAUCAGCACCCCAUUUGCCAUGGUUGAAAUCAAUGGAGGAGAUAACAGACAAGCAACUACACAAGGACUAAACGAUAGAUAGGACAGUAUAUAAUGUCAUUUCCUCGUAUAAAAUUUUUUUUAUCAACGGAUAUUUGCUGAUAUGCUUUUGUUCUAUAUACCUUUGAAAGGAAUAAUACUCAUCAAAACUCCACUUACAUGUAGCUAGCCCCUCGUCCAUAUUCUGUAUUCUAAGAUUCCAGACCAACUUGAAGCCAUUCCUUUAGUCUUACAGGAUUAAAAUGAAACAGGUCCCCUUGUUCUCAUUUUGCAAAAGGCAGUUAAUGCAAAUCAUGUAUCAAUUCAUUGUGUUUUUUUUUUUUUACAAAGAUAAGAGGUGGCCAAUAUGCAUUGGAACACACGGAAUUUUAUUUUAUUUCUGGUCCAACAUCGGAACAUUUUGUAUAGAAGGGUGGGGUGACAAAUUUCUAAUUAAAGCAGGAACAAUCACUGAAAAUGACAGGUAACAGUAAGCAGGAUGACUUUAACAAUUCAGAAUCGUACAUUUUCUUUUAUUUGGUGAGUAGUUUAUAACCAGACUUAAACAAAGAGAAAAUAUGCUCAGUUGCUCACCACCUCAGCCAUUUCAGCAUCAACCCCACACAUCAAUACAUCAUUCAAAUGGAAGGGGCCAUCCUUGAGUUUUAAAUAGGCCCAUCAGCCACGAUUGGAUGGAGCAUCAGAACUGUUUCAUUCAUUCUACUGGUGUAGGUUCAUUCAUGAAGAUGGAGGCUGUUGGGAGGGCCACUGGAGCUAAAUAUGAAUGCUUGCUCUUCGACAUGGAUGAUACUCUAUACCCCUUGAGUACAGGUUUCAACUUGGCUUGCCGCAAGAAUAUUGAAGAAUUCAUGCUGCAAUACCUUAAUAUUGAAGAAAGUGAAGUACCAAGAAUGUGCUUGGAAUUAUACAGGGAAUAUGGAACAACAAUGGCUGGUUUAAAGGCUCUUGGUUAUGAAUUUGACAACGAUGAGUUUCAUGCGUAUGUUCACGGAAGACUGCCAUACGAAAUACUGAGGCCUGAUCCGGUAUUAAGAAACCUUUUGCUUUCCAUGCCACAGCGAAAAAUGAUCUUCACUAAUGCAGAUAAGGCACAUGCACGACAAGUUCUGAAAAGUUUGGGCUUGGAAGAUUGUUUUGAAGGCAUCAUAUGCUUUGAAACUCUUAACCCUCCUCUUAAGCCAGCUGAUUUUAUGGAUGCAUUAGAUGAUAAUCAAGUUCUUGCAGGAGGUGACGAAAAGCCCAACACUGUUGACAGAACCGAUGCCAGCAGCGUCAGUUCCAAGUCACCAAUUCUCUGUAAACCCUCACUGGAAGCUUUUGAAGCUGCUAUUGGGAUUGCGAAUGUCAAUCCAAAGAAAACAAUUUUCUUUGAUGAUAGUGCUCGAAACAUUGCUAAUGGAAAAGCGGCAGGGCUUCACACAGUUAUAGUGGGGAGUUCGGUACUAGUGCCCGGUGCAGAUUAUGCCUUGCAUAGCAUCCACAAUAUCAGAGAAGCGAUGCCUGAGAUAUGGGACGGUGAAGAGGAGCAGAUUGAGCAAGGUAUCCAAUCUGCUGCAGUUGAAGCCGUGGUCCAUGCAUAGAUUUCAGUUCAAGUUGAAAAUUUUCG